GCAGGAUGUCUUCCGGUACAAGUGCGUUAGCAAGCGGAUCUAUUUGUCUACGUACAGCGUACAGUGUACACCUGUCUUUAGUGCGGCCAUGCGUCAUACGGGCACAAGCGCUGGGAUACCCGGAUUCAUAUUACAGUUGCAUAGCAACACGUUGGACGCUUCAUUUCGUCUAGCGCGUUCUCAAUUUAUAAUGGUAGUUAUUGAGGUGGUGGGGUUGCUUCGUUCUACCGACUACCAUGUAGCUAAAGUAGCAGCAGAGGUUUUACGCAGCCAUCACCCUAACCAUUUCGAGGAUCCUGUUCUGAAAGGUCUGCUAGAGUUCGAAUGGGACGAAUUUCUCUCACAUAAGAAAACCGAAUUUAGAGGAGAAUUGUGGGCAUACAAAGAUUCGGUCAUUUGUUUUGCUGAUGGUCAACCGGUUGGAGGAGCAAAGACGUUUCUUGACUGGGCAUCAGCACUGGAUUACUCAGAUUACAGACCAACUCCGUUGUAUGCGGCCCUUGCAAAUGAUGCAUAUCUUGAUCGGUUCAAAGACCCUGAAUUGCAGUUUGUUUUCUUGGAUGUAGCUGUUGAUAAUGAACCAGCUGGAAAGCUCGUGUUUGAGCUGUACAAACAAAAGUGUCCAAAAACCUGUGACAACUUCAAAAUGUUGUGUACAGGUGAAAUGGGUGAGUCAUCCAACAAAGUGACACUUCACUACAAAACAUCUGUUAUACAUAGAAUAGUACCAAAUGGAUGGAUACAGGGAGGAGAUAUUGAAUAUGGUUCAGGUGCUGGAGGAGAGUCAGUAUAUGGCGAGACAUUUGAAGACGAGAAUUAUAGUGUCCUUCACAGCCAGCGAGGAGUUUUGGGAAUGGCAAACAAAGGCAGACACACUAAUGGCUCACAAUUUUAUAUUACUCUCAAAGCCAGCCAGUGGAUGGACAGACACUAUGUCGCUUUCGGGCAGCUUGUUGAAGGAACACAAGUACUAAACAAGCUGGAAGCAGUGAAGACAUACAAUGAACGUCCAAUUGUGCCAGUGAAAAUUACAGACUGUGGCAUUUACCAGCCCAGCUAACUGCUAUGACAGUUUCAUGGAAAAAGAUCACUAGCUAAGCCACCAGCUCUACGAGAAAUAACUUGGCUGUUUACAGCCCUAGAAUGUAGGUUGUGUACUAUACAAAUUGAGUCUGUGUUAGUACUGUUAUAUUUUAAUUUGUAUACUAUAUCAAACUUGUGAAUGAAGUGUUGUUGUCAUUAGUUGA